AUGUCGGCCACCGCAAACAAUGUGAUCGCUACGGGCACCUCGUCGGGCCUGGGUUUCGAAGCGAUUAAACAAUUGCUCGAGAAAUCCGAGCCCUACAACUUUAUUCUGGGCGCCCGAGACAUUCGAAAAGCCCAAGCCGCCUUUGACGAGCUCAAGUACGACACCUCAAGGCAUACCAUCUCCCUUUUGCCGGUUGAUUUUGCCGAUCUGCGCAGCGUACAGCUAUUCGCGCAGCAGGCUCUGGCCACGCUAGGCGACAGGAAGCUGGAUCUUCUUUUCCUGUGUGCGGGCAUGGUUGCUCCUGCUGAAGGACCUGGUCCUCACGGCUCACAGUGGUGUGCUCCAUAUGUCGUGAACCACCUUUCUCAGCAUUAUCUCGUUCACCAACUCCGUGAAACCCUGGCUGCUUGCAAAUCGCGCAUUGUCGUGGUGUCAUCUGGAGCUAUUCGCAGCGUUAGGAAUCAAGACCCGAGAACCCUUGAUGUCGACCUGAAGGCCAACUCUGGGGCAGACCGCGGUGUGGUGUACAGUGCCUCCAAGUUCGCCCAAUUACUGGGUGCGCACUAUUGGCGUCGCGAGCUGCCUGGCUGUACAGUGCUGGCAGUCUCGCCCGGCCUGAUUCCUGGCACGAAGCUUGCCGGAAAGGACAUGGGCUUGACCAUGGACAUGCCGGAUGCCAAAACCGUCCCUGAGGGUGCCCAGAACCUCCUCCGUGCCUGGACCAUCAGUGAUUUCCCUGCAGACCCGGAACAAAUCAUGUUGACAAGCUGGGGUGAGUGGUGGCCGAAGGAAGUUUACCAGCUUAGCUUGGACACUGCACUUCAGAAAAAAUGGUGCCUGGGCAGGGAUGAUAUCGAGAACACCGAGGGGCUUUCUGCAUAA